CCCGGCCGCACGCGCCCAUCCUUCUCCGUCGCACUCGCCAUCUCGCCCUCCUCCGCCUCCCCAUUCCCCAUCGCGCGCGCGCACUCACUCCUCUCCGCUCCUCCCCGCCGGGCCGCCGCCGAGGAGGAGAUCCGACGGAUCCCCCCCUCCCGCGCACACCCUCCCGCGGCCUGCCGCCCCUCCGCGCUCCCCCCUCCGAACCCUAACUGGGCUGCCUCGCUGCCCGACGCCACCACCCGCGCGGCACCGAGCGGCGCCGCUCGAACCGGCGGCGCCAACCACCGCCAUUGCGGGAUGAAAGGCGCACCCCACUUUGGAAUGUGCAGUUUGAAGUAUGAUCUUUGAGGACCCUAAUAAAGAAGCUGGUAGGAUCAAUUGGAUCUCAUAAUGGACAAGAUACAAUCUGACUGCCCUUAUCCUGGAUGUUUCUUCUGUGUUAUGAAGGAGGCGAAUCCUAGUAAACGAAGAGCAAGUGUGCUUAAGUUCUUUAGGGAACUUCCUUCUCAAGAUGAUGAUGGUCAAGUUCUCCCUAUUAGUGGUCUUUGGAACACUGCAAUGGCACAUCCGAAUGACCCUGAGUUCAUCAACUUGGGCAUAUUUGAAUGCAUGACAGCUCUUAUAUGGAAAGGAUUGAAAAAUAGGCGCUGGCUUGCACAUGAUCAGAAUAUUUACAUCCCAUAUUAUGCAGCACACAUAAUUGGAUCCUAUACAAUGAAUAUGGAGGAGUUUGCGGAACAUGCUGUUCGUGCUGGUGUAAUACCUCCAUUAGUUGAACUCUUAAGAGGUAGGCUGACUUGGGUGGAGCAAAGGGUUGCUGUUAGAGCAUUGGGGCAUUUGGCGACAUAUCCUAGUACAUUUCCUGCAGUUGCCGAUCAUGGAGAAGUACUUGAACUUGCCAUUCAACUUGCUUUGAGCUCUCUAGAGAUUGUGUACUCUCACUUUUACCAAUUUGUGGAUCGAAGAGUUAGCUACCAUUGUGAUCUUCUUACACGUGGCAUGGGUGGUGUGGAAAUGGAAUCCCGCAAAGCUGAGGAAUGGGCUAGUCAACUGCAGUGCUGGUCUUUGCAACUCAUUAACUGCUUUGCAUUUAAGCCUGAAUUCCUCCAUGAUAUUUGCAAGGCUGAUUUUCUAAUCAAGUUACCUGGAAUGUGGGGUGGACUUGUGAAUGAGAAUUCACCUGCUGGUGUUGGUUUGCUAAGAACAAUCUGCCAGAGCAGGAUCGGCCGAGGUCAUGUUGCCAAUAUUUCUGGUACCAUUGACGCUUUAUGCAACAUUGCUCGUUCUUCAGAUGACUGGCAAUACAUGGCUGUUGAUUGUCUGAUCUGGUUAGUUCAGGAUGCAAAUACUUGUCAUAAGGUUAUAGAUAAAGUUGCACCAACAUUGAUAGAUUUAGCAGAUAUUUCAACACUGGGUGAUUAUAAAAAGCUUGGUGACAUUAUUGUUACAGUCCUCCAAAAAUGUAUGCAGCAGAAUGGGAAUUCACGCAGUACAAUUAGUACUCAGGCCAAAGAAGAAAUUGAUGAGCUCUUGAGAUCCAAGCAAAGCUACAAAUUGGAAAAGAAUAUGCCGAAGGAGGAUCUUCAUAUAAAACAAGCUGCAGCGUUGGUUGUAAAGUUGGAAGGCAAUUCUCUUUUCUCUUCAGGGAAUAUUGAAGGAGCUGCAGCGAAAUACUCUGAAGCACUUGCGCUGUGUCCAAUGAAGUCCAAGAAAGAACGUGUGGUGCUUUAUAGCAAUCGAGCUCAGUGUUAUCUUCUCCUGCAGCAGCCUUUGGCUGCCAUAAGCGAUGCGACUCAUGCAUUGUGCCUUCAUAGCCCUGUUAAUCGUCAUGCAAAGAGUUUGUGGAGAAGAGCUCAAGCAUAUGAUAUGCUUGGUUUUGCUAAAGAGAGCCUAUUGGAUGCAAUCCUCUUCAUAAAUGAAUGCUCUCAGUCAAAUGAUCCCGACUUGUCCUUGAAGCAAAACAAAGUUCCGGAUUAUGCCGAGCGAUUAGUGAAGAAGCAGAUGCGUGCUGCUUGGUUAUUCAGGGAAGCAGCUCUGAAACAUGGGGGAGUCCAUUGUGAAGGAGAUAUUAGUGAUGCCUUUGGUCAAGAGGCCGAUGACUCUGAGUGGGAAACAGCUAGUGAAAGUGACACUGAGAAUGAUGCUAGGGGAGAAGCAGAUGAUGAAACUGAAUGGAAGAAUGAUGGCCACCAGGAAGAUUUCGGUGGGGAAAGCUGAAAAACAGGACAGGCUGACCUUGUUUUGAAGGUGUUGCAAUCAGCAACUACAGAAGCAGCUGCUGGGCCUUCUGCACUAUCAAGCACCAAAGCUAAGUUACAAACUGAAUGAAGUUUGCCUACUGAAAGCUCGUAAGAGACAUAGCUUUCGAAAGGAACAAUCUGGUGUCACUUUAUUAUUCUCAUCAGAACAAGGCUCAAUUAAAUUCAUUUCCCCACAUCUUCUUGCUGGGUCUAUUUGAGUUGUGCCUGUGAUCGUUCUGUUUGUUCUGCUUAGGUAUUGGUCCCUUAUGUGGUGUUUGUAAAAUGUGGUUCACCAGUUUUUUCAACUCCUUGAAUGAACAAACUUGUGCCUUGUUUUUUUCUCUUUGUGAAGCUUCGUGAAGAGGCCGCCACAUUCCUUCCCACUGGACUCAUCUAGAAUUUCUGCUUAUUGCACAUUGUGCACAAUUGUGAACACGCAAAAGCUUUGUGUGUCGAACUUUAUAGUAGUAUAGUGCGAAGCACUUUCUUCUUUGCA